AUGAUUAUGGAGCACAGCUGCUCAGUCAUGUUGAGUCUUCUUAUCGCUGCACUUUUAUUUGCAGGAAACCUGAAAGAUGUCAACUCCAGUCCUGUUCUUGAAGCUAGCAAAGUACUUCAAGAGGACUGGCUCAUCACAGCAUUGGAUUAUAUGGAAUCAUACCCAGAGACAUUACAAGAGCUGCUGUCCAAGAACUAUGCAGUGUUGGAGGGCGACAUAAUGUUGUCGUCUGACAGGAAUGCUGUGGGAAAUACGUGGCCAACACAGAAGAUACCAUACCUUAUCAGCCCGGAGUUAGCCAGUCGGACAGAGGACAUCCUCUCUGCUAUCGCCAUGGUUACUGAGCACACAUGUCUGACCUUUCACAAAAGAACCACUGAGGCUGACCACAUGCACUUCAUGAUCGGCAAAGGAUGUGCUUCAUAUGUGGGCAUCAUUGGCGGUGGGCAGCCUGUGUUUAUCGCUCCCCAGUGUAUCAUGGGUAACAUCGUCCACGAGAUUCUUCACGCGUUGGGUUUCCAUCAUGAACACACGAGGAAAGACCGUGACCAGUACAUCACCAUUUUGCCUGAUAAUAUCAUGAAAGGUAAGCAGAGAAACUUCAAGAUACAACAAGGAAACACUUUUAAUCUGCCUUAUGACAUCAAUUCCAUCCUGCACUACGGAAGAGGGUUUUUUUCAGCAAACGGUCUGGAUACCAUCGUUCCAUUAAAAUCUAUGAACGAUAUGGGACAGAGGGUUCAAAUGACAAAGCUGGACAUCCAGAGAGUUCGUCACCUCUACAAAUGUGCUUCACUGCAGCCCCUGGUUACUGCCACUGGAGGGCGCAAUACCAACCAGACAACAAGCUUAAAUUGA